GACAGUGACCUUCAUCUUGUUCUUUUAUUUCAGCUCACCAACAGCGUGUCUGAACUCUGAGACACUCUUUCAGCCUUUCAAAUUCUUUUAUUUCAUUUUCUUUUUUUGCCAACCUUUUAUUUCAUCUUCCUGCUGUGUUGUUGUUGUUGUUUCUUGCCCUGUACAAAUCUGAGUUUGACGAUCUUCCUUUAUUCGAUUGAAAUUACAUGUCUGACCUGAUCAUGUGCUCUGCUACUCAAGCCGAGAUACUCAAGCUUCUUUUAUACUAGCUUCGUAGCUUGCCUUUUUGUAUCGGGGAAUAAACUAAAAAAACCAGAAAUUUGCAAGUCGGUGUUCUUGUGUUUGACUCAAGUUUUCAUUUUUCCUCUCCUGGGGUUUGCAAAGAAGCAAAAGGCCCUCAUCUUUGAUAAAUUUCUCUGGUUUUAGUUACUUUAAUGGUUGUGUAAUGUUUUCUGAACCAGAAAGAAGCAACAUAGGACGGCUGAAGAAGGAGAACCUCGGAGGAAACAAACAUGGCGGACGACGACAACAACAAUAACAACAAAGAAAGCAGUUCUAGAGAGCCAUUGUUGUUGAAGGAGAAUCGGUACCAUGAAAACUGUCCUGGUUGUAAGGUGGAUCAAGACAAGGAAAUGCAGCAAGGCCUACCCGUAAAGCAGCUUCUUAACGUAUGGACGGUGACUCUGUGUACCGCGCUGCCUAUAUCAUGUCUCUUCCCAUUUCUUUAUUUCAUGGUAAGAGAUUUUGGUAUUGCAGAAGUGGAGGCAGAUAUCAGUUCCUAUGCUGGUUAUGUGGGAUCUUCAUACAUGCUCGGCAGAGGUUUGACAUCAAUUCCUUGGGGAAUAUUUGCUGAUCGAUAUGGUCGAAAAUAUGCUAUAGUUACAGGCCUUGUUGCAGUUGUUGUGUUUAACACACUAUUUGGCCUUAGCACAAGUUUUUGGAUGGCUGUUAGCACAAGAUUUCUUCUUGGGAUCUUAAAUGGUUCGCUUGGUCCAAUAAAGGCUUAUGCUAGUGAACUUUUUCGAGAAGAACACCAAGCUUUAGGACUCUCAACUGUUAGUUCAGCUUGGGGCAUAGCUUUAGUCAUUGGUCCAGCAGUGGGAGGCUAUCUGGCUCAGCCAGUACAGAAAUAUCCACAUGUAUUUCCUAAAGGUUCCUUAUUUGACAAGUUUCCAUACUUCUUGCCCUGCUUUAUAAUAUCAGCCUUUGCACUUGCUGUAUUAGUGGCCUGUAUCUGGCUUCCGGAAACAUUGCACAACCACAAUGUUAGCGAUGAAUCCCAUGAGGAUACUGAAAAUGAAAUCACAGGAAAGACAGCUCAGAAGGAUGAAAACCUCCUCCUGAACUGGCCGUUGAUGUCAUCCAUUAUUGUUUAUUGCUUUUUCUCACUGCAUGAUAUGGCUUAUACUGAGGUUUUCUCUUUAUGGGCUGUCAGUCCUCUAAAACUAGGGGGUUUGAACUUUACAACCGAUGAUGUUGGUAAUGUUCUUUCAAUAUCAGGUUUUAGUCUUUUGCUCUACCAAAUCUUCCUUUACCCGUCUCUGCAGAAAGUUUGUGGACCUGUGAGACUUGCCCACAUUUCAGCGGCUGUAUCCAUACCUCUCCUGCAAAUUUACCCUUUCAUAGGAUUGUCACCUGGCUUCACAAUGAACCUAUUGAUAACUACUGCAUCUGUCCUCAUGUAUUGUCUCUCUGCAACCUAUAUGACUGGUUUAUUCCUCCUGCAAAAUAGAGCAGUGGAACAACACCAAAGAGGAGCUGCUAAUGGUAUUGCGAUGACUGGCAUGUCAAUUUCCAAAGCUCUUGGCCCGGCUGGAGGUGGAGCAGUAUUAACUUGGUCCCAAAAGCGGCUAGAUGCUUCUUUCCUCCCAGGUUCUCAUAUGGUGUUUUUUGUGCUGAACCUCGUAGAAGCACUUGGGGUUCUGAUGAUGUUCAAACCAUUCCUUGCUGAGAAAAAGACAUCCCCAUCGCAACAGAUACAAUAAUGUCAAUAACAUGUUCUUUAAGCUUGUGGUGAUAAAGCAAUAAUCAGAUUAUCAGCAAUAACAUGUUUCUGCUGAAGUAUGAAGAAAUGAAUGAAACCAAUAUAUGAGAUCAGUGAAGCAAGAAUUGAGAAAGAAAGUGAGAGCAGAACAAAAAAAAAAACAAAAAACAAAAACAAAAACAAAACAGAACAAAAGAAAACAGAGAGAAAGAGAAGUGGAAAGUGCAAGGUCCAUGUGAUUUCUUUUGUUAAGAGUAAAGAGUCAUGGUGAUUCCUUCAGCUAUGCUAGUUAUGUACCCAAUCUGUUGUUGUCUAUUUAAUGACUGCUUAUUCUAUGUGUGUUUUGGUUAGUUAUGUUGGAACAUGGUCAUUAUUGUACUAUUUACAUCUAUUUUGAUUUUGAAUAAAAUUUUGUAUUUCAAGUUGGCAA